CUUCACCCAAACAUAAAAUAAAUGAAAAUUAGAUGGAGUAUUAAAUAUCUUCAUCGGUGGCAAUUCAUUUAUGAAUUAUCGGUGGUUUAUGAAUUGAAUUCUGACUCCCGCACGUCAUUCCAUUCUCUCUUGUUUUCCAGUGGAGAUAGGAUGGAGAAGGAUCAAGGGAAUAUUGAGGUGAUGGGCGGCGAUUGUAGGUCAAAUGACGGCAAAUACGGGCGUGAUUCGCGGGGAGGAAAAGGGAAGAGGUUGUGGAAGAAGGUGAAGUAUCAGUUGGUGGAGUAUCAUUCGUUGCCUGGAUAUUUGAAGGACAACGAGUUUAUUCUUGGCCAUUACCGCUCCGAGUGGCCCUUGAAGCAGGCCUUGCUCAGCGUCUUCACCAUUCACAAUGAGACCCUCAAUGUUUGGACGCAUUUGGUGGGGUUCUUUCUCUUCCUUUCAUUGACUAUAUAUACUGCAAUGAAGAUUCCAGAUGUUGUAGACUUUCCAACUUUACAAAAUCUUCCUGAUGUGCUUAGAAAAGCUGAUCUGCACGCUUGUCUACCAUCCCUGCUGCACAUUCCUGAUCUGCACAGGCUUCGGGAAGAACUGAAGACUGCAUUUCCAUCACUUUCUAAUUGGCAUAUUGUACAACUUCUCACUAACUGCCUACCCGAGUGUUUUUCUAACAGCAACCAUACCAAUGUUUGUGUUCUGAGUAGCAUGAAGGAAGAUCUGGUGAACAUAAUAGCGCCAUUGACGACCAGACCAAUCACACGGUGGCCAUUCUUUGCAUUCUUGGGCGGGGCAAUGUUUUGCUUGCUAGCGAGCAGCACAUGCCACUUACUAUCCUGCCAUUCAGAACGCCUAUCGUACAUAAUGCUAAGGCUCGACUAUGCUGGCAUUGCUGCUCUGAUAUCAACUUCGUUUUACCCUCCUGUCUACUAUUCCUUCAUGUGCUACCCCUUCUUCUGCAACCUCUAUCUGGGAUUCAUCACCCUCCUAGGAAUCGGCACAAUCCUGGUUUCCCUUCUCCCAGUCUUCCAGAACCCAGAAUACCGCACCUUCCGUGCUGCAUUGUUCUUCACCAUGGGCGUAUCAGGCGUAGCGCCAAUCUUACACAAGCUCAUUUUAUACUGGAACCAGCCCGAGGCACUUCACACAACAGGAUACGAAGUCCUGAUGGGAGUAUUUUACGGGAUAGGAGCCUUGGUCUAUGCCUUGCGCAUCCCAGAGCGAUGGAUGCCCGGGAAGUUUGACAUCGCCGGGCACAGCCACCAGCUCUUCCACGUACUGGUGGUGGCAGGGGCUUACACCCAUUACCGUGCAGGGUUAGUUUACCUCAAAUGGCGAGACAUGCAAGGAUGCUGAUGUUAACUGGGAAAGAAAAGGUUAGAAAUGGCCAUGAUUUCUUUAUCUAAAUGCUGUAAGGAUGACUGUAUAUGGUCCCAUUCCUAUUGAAUAAUUUGAGUUAGAUGAUGAUGGUGGGUGUAAGGUGUAAAGACUUACCGUGUCUCACUGUCUUGAUAGGCGUUGUAAAGUAAAACAUUGUGCAUUUUCUUUUAGACCUUCAUUAGGCAAAUAAAACAGGAAAUGCAAGUAUUUUAAUAGGUACUUCUAUUUAUAAGGCAUUGCCUAAAAUGUGUAAAAAUGAAUACUUCAAUAAUAAUAAAUCGUUAAUAUUUCAGUUAUAA